CGUCUCCCUAUAGAUAGAUAGAUAGAUGUAGAGAGCUAGCGAAGCAAGCAAAUUCAAAUCAGGUCAAAGAAAACAUGGACAAGAGAAUCUCAGCAGCACUGAAGAUGAAGCUUGGUUUCCUCUUCUGCAUCCUUGUGCUGGCCACCACUUCCUCAGCAGGCGGUGCGGCGGCGGCGGCGGCGCAGAUGAAGAACAACAGUGGAGGUAAUGAGAGUGCGGUGGUGCCAGAUUCUGACGAGGAGUAUUGCCGACUUGUGGUAUGCAAAGGGCUGAACUGCGGCAAGGUGUACGCAGCCGACGGAAGCUGUUGGUGUGUUCUCAAGCAAGGCCCACUCGUCGCUUUGCCUUGCGCCACUUAG